ACACAUAGUUAUCUCUCUCUCUCUUUACCGUUCACACGCGUUCAGUAGUAGUGUCCCAAUUUACUUAUUUGGUCCUUCCUCGUGGCGGGUCUCGGUAGUACAAUUUGCCCUGGCAUUAAUAAACCUGUGGUUUAGCGUGGGGUCGCAAGGGUUUUUUUUUCUCUAUUCCUUAUACUUUUUAUGCGGGGUGACACAAAGGCGAUUGCGAUCUAUGUGAUUGCGUCGCUUGUGUUUGCAUCAUUAACUACUGUUCUAGCAUUAUGGCCAACUCAUGAUUGGAGCAACUUUUAUAAUGCUCGACCUGUUCGAGGAGAAAUGGGCCUUGGCCGGUUUUUAAUACGCGGGACUCGCUAUGGCGACGGCGGUCGAUCAACACCUUUUGCAUAUGCAUGGCGUCUCGUGGAUUCCACGUCGUUAGGGCGCUUAUCAGCUUGGAUCGGAUAUCUUGUGCAUCAAUUGGGCCAGUGGCUCAUAUUAGCCAAAGUCCAACAACAGCAAAAGAAGAGCAAGGAGAACUGUGAUGGAAGAAAAGAUGCUAAAGGUAUCAAGUGGUCCAAUGAUACAUUCUAUACAUGGAAUUGGCAAAUGGUCUACUUAAAUGGUUCAAUGAUGCUGUACAAACUGCUACAAACACACACCACCUAUGAUGGACUGGCCGUGGAUGUCUCCGAAGGAACUGCUCAAGGAAGCGUCAUUGCAGUGCUGGUGGUCGCUUUGCUGUUGGCUAUUCCCAGUCGAGGCAUUGCUUUUGGAAAAGGCAAAAAGAUCCAGUCUCUCUCGUUUAAAGAAACGCUUGACUUUGUGAAAAAGUACCAUGGCUAUGUCAUGAGUUUCGGUACUGUAUAUAACUUUCACUAUCAUCCUGCUGAAGGAACGAUGGGUCAUCUGGGUGGAUUCUUCUACCAAUGUUUACUUCUUUGGCAAUCCGCAAGUUUCUAUCACCAAAGCCACCGUAACAAAUAUUGGGUGUUAUUACUCGAGACAUGGGUGUUUAUCCACGGCACUGUCACGGCUAUCAUCCAACCAGGAACAAACUGGCAAAUAUUCUCAUACGGUUUCGCCAUUGUAUUUCUCGUCAAUCAAGUGUACGAUACACCAAUACCGAAACGCUAUCCGUGGAUAAUGGCAUCAAUGUACACUGUGUUUUCAGUGGCUGUAGCCCUUGGAUUUCAAGGAAAUCGUGCGUAUUACAAAAUGACGUUUGUUCCAGUGGCUGAAUAUCUUUGCCUGUUUGGGUGCAUCGGCAUUGGAAUGAUCACGGCUAUGCUGGUCAGAAGAUGGCAUCUAGGCGCUUCGUCCGUCGUUUUUAGAGCAGUUGUUGUGGCAUUGGCAUAUAUCGCUGUAGCGGCUGGAUUGACCAUUGGUCUUGCCCUGGUGCUCGCUGGAAACCUGAAAGUGUAUAACGAUUACUGAAAAAAAUGCUAGUGCCAGUGAAACUAAGUAUAUGCUGUUGUAACUACAUACGCAUCUACAUUGUAACAUAUCCUACACCAUAUAUUCACUACUACACUCUCUAAGACCUCCGACACUGUUUUCAUAUAUAUAAUUCUAAACCAACUUGGUCCACGCUUUAGGGACAUCAAACUUUAAAUUAAUUGUGUGUACAAGAAAAAGGCGAUGUGGAGUUUUCAAUAUGGGCUAAUACAUUCUCCAGCGACUUACCAAGAUAGAGCAUGGAUCCAUGCUAAAUGUGUAGUAGGUAGCAGCGAGCGCUUUUUGUAUCAUAGUCUUCUGUCAUCGACAGUAAAUAGUUG